GUGAGGCGUUGGAGCAAGAAGAAAACUACAGCUUCCGGCAUGCAACGCGCAGCGGCCCAAGGCGGUAGGCGGUGGCGGACUGGCAACGGUGCAUGCUGGGAGCUGUAGUUCCCGGUUCUUUGUAUUGUCUCUCCUCUCUGGUGGGGAACCCGACCGCCAGUCUUGCCGGGUGAGUGACUGACAGCUCCCUGCAGCCAGUGGCCGAGGUGCUGGGUGGUGGAGACAGGCGCCCGUCGCCCCGGUGACCGGUGGCGAGCUGGUGACUCGGUGAGGCGCUGGAGUCCUGGGGAACGGAGACCACGUGGUAGGUCACUUUAUAUUAAGGGAUGAGCAUAACACAGAACAAUAUUGCUGUCCUACGUGAUCAGAUGUGAUGCAUUGUGUGGUCAGGUUUCUCGAAUCUACUGUGAACUCCAAAGGCUGUUGUGGUGCCUGAACAUAGAGUCACAGACCAGGGUACCCAAGGGGACUGUCUAUCUUGCCACCCAGGACUUCUGCAGAUAAAGGAACUGGGAUUCCAGGAAAGCACUUAAGUGAAACAUGAAUAAGAAUUGGACUAAUUAAGGGUUCCUCCUGUUCCAGAGAUUAACCAAAAUGUAUAGACCAGGGGAAACAGUGAAACGUCGACUCAAUAUGCAUGCUCCUCCUCGGAUAAGAAGCGUGGAAGUUGCAAGAGGAAGAGCUGGCUAUGGGUUCACCCUUUCUGGACAAGCUCCCUGUGUUCUUAGCUGCGUUAUGAAAGGAAGUCCUGCAGAUUAUGUUGGACUUAAAGCAGGAGAUCAAAUAUUUGCAAUUAAUGAAAUUAAUGUAAAACAAGCUUCUCAUGAAGAUGUGGUGAAACUAAUAGGAAAAUGUUCUGGAGUCCUGCACAUGGUCAUUGCUGAAGGCAACAGUCAUAUUGACUCAUGUUCUAGUGAUGAAGAAGUUGGUUUUUAUGAUGGGAAAGGGUGGCUGAAGCCAAAGCCUGACUCUAAAGCCUUGGGUAUAAAUAGAGCAGAGAAGGUUGUUGAAGAAAUGCAGUCUGGUGGAAUUUUCAACAUGAUCUUUGAAAAUCCUAGUUUUUGUGCUGGUAAUGCAGAGAAUUCAGUACCAAAACAAAGAGCCCUUUCUGAGACUGCUGCUACUAAAUUUGAAACUGGACAUGAAAGUAUAAAUAACAAUCCUAAUCUACUUUCAAAGGAAGAAAUAUCCAAAGUGUUGCAUGAUGAUUUAGUUUUUCAAAUUGGACUGGAAAAUCCAGAGGACUUUGGGUUAGAUGCAAGUAUUUUAAAUGUUGCUAUGGUGGUAGGUUACCUAGGCUCGAUUGAACUUCCUUCAACAAGCUCAAAUCUGGAAAAUGACAGUUUGCAGGCUAUUCGGGGAUGUAUGAGACGUCUUCGGGCAGAACAGAAAAUCCAUUCAUUGGUGAUGAUGAAGAUUAUGCAUGACUGUAUUCAGCUCUGCAGUGACAAGUCUGGUGUAGUAGCAGAAUAUCCUGCUGAGAAACUGGCAUUUAGUGCUGUGUGCCCUGAUGAUAGAAGAUUUUUUGGGCUAGUUACCAUGCAGACAAAUGAUGAUGCAAGCUUGGCUCAGGAAGAUGAAGGGGUUCUGAGGACAUCUUGUCAUGUGUUCAUGGUGGAUCCGGAAUUAUUUCAUCAUAAAAUUCACCAAGGUAUAGCAAGACGUUUUGGACUGGAGUGUACAGCAGAUCCAGACACAAAUGGCUGUUUAGAAUUUCCAACAUCAUCUUUACCUGUUCUUCAAUUUAUCUCUGUCCUCUAUAGGGAUAUGGGUGAGCUGAUUGAGGGAAUGCGAGCAAGGGCUUUUCUUGAUGGCGAUGCAGAUGCUCAUCAGAAUAACAGUACAAGCAGCAAUAGUGAUAGUGGUAUUGGAAAUUUUAACCAAGAGGAAAAAAGCAAUAGAGUUUUGGUGGUUGAUUUAGGAGGCAAUCCAAAUAAACAUAUUCCUAAUAGUAUAUGGGAAAAUCCAGUUGGAAGGGGACAGAAUCAACAUGCUUCCCAUUGGAAUGGCUUCUGUCAGGAACAAGAAGGAAACACUCCUUUAGAAAUGAUUCAGAAUGACAAAUCACAAAAUUUAAGUAAGCACUUAAGUCCUUCAACUCGUAUUGAAGUUCCACUAGUUUCUUCUCGAAGUUCAGUGCCGCCAUCCAAGAAAAGUACUGCAGGCAUAGGCAAUCAGAGAUGGUUGCCUGUUCAUGUCUUACAAGAAUGGCAACAUGGAAAUGCCAGUGACCAGGAGUCUUAUACAGAUUCUACAGAUGGCUGGUCAAGUAUUAAUUGUGGCACUCUUCCCCCUCCAAUGAAUAAGAUUCCAGCUGACAGAUAUAGAGUUGAUGGCAGCUUUGGCCAGCCCCAGUUAACAUCUCAUAAAAAUGAAUGGUCUAAGAAUGUGUUUUGCACACACAAGAAGUUUGGUCCUCAACACAAUAUUAGAAAGUCUAAAGAAGCUAAAAAGGGUGCCAAAUUUGGACAUCCAGUUGGAUUAGCCCUGGCUCCCCAACGUUCCUCUGUUCGGAGAUCAUUUGGAAGAUCUAAGCGAUUUAGCAUUACUCGUUCACUGGAUGAUCUUGAGUCUGCAACUGUGUCUGAUGGAGAGCUAAACAGUAGUGAUUUAAAAGACUGUAUCAGUGAUAAUAGCCUGAGUAGCAAUGCUAGUCUUCCCAGUGUACAGAGCUGUCGACGACUCCGAGAAAGAAGAGUUGCAAGCUGGGCCGUUUCAUUUGAACGUCUUCUGCAGGAUCCUGUUGGAGUUAGAUUUUUCUCAGAAUUUCUACGGAAAGAGUUUAGUGAAGAAAAUAUUUUAUUCUGGCAGGCCUGUGAAUAUUUUAACCAUGUACCUGCACAUGACAAAAAAGAGCUUUCUUACAGAGCUCGGGAGAUCUUCAGCAGGUUUUUGUGUAGCAAAGCUACAACCCCAGUUAAUAUUGAUAGCCAGGCACAGUUGGCGGAUGAUAUUCUCAGUGCUCCACGUCCAGAUAUGUUCAAAGAACAGCAGCUUCAGAUUUUUAAUCUGAUGAAGUUUGAUAGCUAUACUCGCUUUCUGAAAUCCCCGCUUUACCAAGAAUGCAUUCUGGCUGAAGUAGAAGGUCGCCCUAUUCCUGAUCCACAGCGUGUUCCCAGCAGCCCUACAUCUAAACACAGUAUCAGCUCAGAGCGGUCCCAUACCUCAACACCAAAAAAGUUAAUUGGAAAAUCAAAGUCAGGAAGGUCCUUAAAUGAAGAAUCUGGAGAGGAAGAUGCUGAGAAGAAAAAAAAAGGGACAUUUUUCUCCUGGUCAAGAAGUAAGAGUGUGGGGAGAUCGCAGAAAAAAAGGGAAAAUGAUGACUACCAAAAUGAUUCUAUGCAUACCAAUGGAUUAUUUUGCAGACGUGAAUCACAAGGCUCUAUGUCGUCAGCUGCAAGUCUUGAACUGUCUGAUGCCUCUCGGGUAUCUGCAUCUUUACCUGAUAAAGAGAAAUCCUCAAAAUACUGCUGUAUAAACCUUCCAGAUGGCUCUUCCUGUAAAAUGGUUGUUAAAUCAGGAUUCUCAGUCAAAGAGAUGUUAUCUGGGCUCUGUGAGAAACAUGGCAUUAACGUAGCUGCAGUAGACCUAUUUUUAGUUGGAGGAGACAAGCCACUUGUAUUGCAUCAAGACAGUAGCAUCUUGGAUUCUCGGGAUCUACGUUUAGAAAAGCGUACUUUAUUUCGGCUGGAUCUUGUUCCAAUCAAUAGAUCAGUUGGUUUGAAGGCUAAACCCACUAAGCCAGUAACGGAAGUUCUUCGGCCUGUGGUUGCAAAAUAUGGCUUAAAUCUUAAUGAACUUGUUGCAAAACUAAAUGGUGAUCAGGAACCACUAGAUCUUGGUGUCCCUAUAUCUAAUCUGGAUGGUCAACGAGUUGUAUUAUAUGAAAAAGAGCCAACAAAAGGAAGAGACAGACAAAAAGGCGCCCCAGUAAAACAAAGUACAGUUGUAACUUCCACUUCAAGAAAUCAGUCAUCUACAGGAGAGGGAAGAACUCUAGGAAAGUCUAAUUCAAUUAAAAUAAAAGGCGAAAAUGGAAAAAAUGCUAGGGAUGCUCGGCUAUCAAAGAGAGAAGAAUCUCUUGCAAAGAUUGGGGGAAAAAAAUAUCAGAAAAUUAAUUUGGACGAAGCAGAGGAGUUUUUUGAACUCAUAUCCAAAGCUCAAAGUAACAGAGCAGAUGACCAACGUGGGCUGCUAAGGAAAGAAGACCUUGUUCUACCUGAUUUUCUUUGUUUACCUCCCAGUGGACAAGAACCACCCUCAUCUACACCAGUGAGCUCUAAAGGUCUCAGCAAGAGAAUUGCAAAAAAUGAUGGCAAGGAUAAAUGUGCACAGCCAAGUGGAAAACUGGAGUCUAUGCAAAACUGUAAUGAAAAUUCAAUUAAGAAAACAGGUCAUUCAGAAAAUAAACAUAAGUCUGCUUUGACAACGCUCAACAGUCAGAAGACUUACGAUGUUCCUUUCAGUGCCCCAUUGUCUCCAAUUGCACAUGUACAGGAAAACAAUACAACAAUAUGGAAAAGGCAAUCAAGAGAAUUACAGGCUGAAGGCAUACAGACUAUAGAUGAUGAAAAUGUAGCAGACUUGACUCUUGUGGCUGAAGGAGAUAUUAGUAGCCCUAACAGCACCUUACUGCCGCCACCACCAACACCACGAUCAGACAUCAGUAAACUCACAGAAGCCAACUAUCCACCACCAACUCCACUGGCAGGUAAUCAGGAAAAUUCUGGAUAUCAAAGAUCCAAUUCAGGUAUGAACCACAGAAAGAAAAAAGAUUCACCAGGGGCUGCAGGAAACUUCUGUGAGCAAAGCUCUCACAAAACAAAGACCAACAGAAGCCUUAAUCCUCUUGGUGGUAGGGAUAAUCUUCCCACUUCUGUAAACAGAGUAAUUGAUGUGGAUGGAGUUAAACUGGAAGACAGUGGCACACGAUCCUGUGAUGAUUCAGAAGGGAACCUCAGCUUCGAAGGCUGUAUCUCUGAACUGAGAUCUUGCCAGGGGAGGAUGCGGACAGGAGUUUAUAGGACAUCAGACCUCCCCUCUCUGAUUACUGUCAAGAGUGAGAAAAACAAGGGUACUGAGAAUCAAUACAAAGCUACUUUUGUUUAAAUCUCUAUUUUUAAUUAACAGCUUCAGCAUUUUUGCCUGGCAUCGUUAGCACUAGAGCUAUGCAUUAUGAGCAUGUUCCUGCAAGUUACUCAGUGUUUUCAAUUCCUAUUGGCUUCAAUGGGCAUUUAAAAUAGUCAGCAUCUCCCAAGAUCAGUACUUAUAUGAAUUGGAACCUGUAUAAUGAAAAGUAGUAUUUAAACAAAAGUGUUGAGAUAUUUAAUUUUGUUCUGUCACCUAAUGGACUUUCUAAUGUUGUUUUCCAUAUCAUGGUUCCUGUUGGUACUUUGACCAAAUUGGUGAGAUUAAAAUUCUCACGGCAUAAAGCCAUCCUUUAAUGUCUUUGAGAAAGACAAAGUCAUUUUAAGUCCCACCUAGGUUUUUACAGAAGGUGGUCUUGGUUUUUCAUCUUAAUCUUCUAAUGUAUUUUCCUAGUCCACAGUAUUCCUUGGUGCUGCUAGACUUGUAUUUUGGAUGAGAAGUGUACUAUUCGUUAUUAUUUGGACAGCAUUGAGACUCUUUGUUUGGCAAAUCUUCCUGUCUACUGAUAGCAUUUGAGAAAUCCAGGGGGAGUUCAAUCUUGUUAUAAAGAUUACCUGAGUGGAUAUAUGCAUUCUGGCAUGCUUUUUACACAGGCAGGAAUCCAGAUUCAAGAAAGCCAUAAAGCUCAUUCAGACAGAGCAAAGCAGCUUCUGUAGCUUGCCUUGGUAACAUAUCCAUAGCAGUGAUUUAUAAAGCAGCUGCAUGGAGGUCAUCCAAAUCUUUACAUGGCACUGUUCUCUCUCUGUCUGUGAGUUUAUUUUAAUCUAUAAUUAAAUAUUCCUCUUCCUCCUUCUAGGUUAGAUUGGUAUUUUUAGCUAAUCUUCUAAACUAGUGAGUAAUUAUGAAGGAAGAAGAAAGGAUUCUUGGCUGUUCUCUGAAUUUAUUGUCUCUGCAGAUCUACACUUGUUCUUCUUUCUUUCCCAUUUCUUUUGAAUUAGUAAUGAUUCUGGGAGCUGAAAGAGGUAUUGAAGAAAUGUGAAGCAUGGGCCUCUAUCAAUCUCUGUUUGACACAGUCUUGAAUGUAUACAUUAAGUUGCAUAUCGGUUCACUGCUUUGAAUUGAUUCUGGGACUCAUGAGGCAUAGUGCAUGGCUCCUAGAUUGUGGAUCUGAAGAGGCAAUAAAUCUGGAGAACUACUGUUAUUGCUAAGUAACCUAUUUUUCAUUGCUCCUCCUUCACGAAGCUUAUCACAAAUUGUGAACUUUUUCAUAACAGGGAAAUGCUAUAGCAAAUUAAUCAGUUUUUAAAGCUCAGAUGUAUUUGCCAUGUCUAAAGGGUUUGCAGAUUCUUAAGAUUAUGCAACAGUAAUAUAAGACCUUCCCAAUGUAAAGAAUUAUGGGCACAGCUCCAUUAACUUCAGUGGAGUUUCACUUUUUUACACCAGUAGAGACUUUGGCCCUAGGUUUGGGGAACACAUUUGCUAACAUUAAACCCAGCUCAGUCAAUUGUAUGCUCAGGAUUGUUUACUUUUUUUAAUACAGUUGUUGGUGGAUGAGUAAUAUAUACCCGUCAUGAAAAACAGCUGCUCCUUAACAAAUUUCCAAAAUUAAGAUUGGACUGAGAAUAACAUUAAAGUUGUGCUGAUACUGCAGUAUCUUCUACAGUAGGGGCAUUGAAAAACUCAGAGUAUUCAUAAGGAGAUACGGAGACUUUCAGCUCUAAAUUAGUGAUUCAAAUCUUACUUGUGCCAGUGGUAGCAGAAAGCUAUCAUCGGACUGUAAAUGAAGUGAGUUGGUUAUGGGAGUCCAGUUCCCUGUGGCUAGAUACCUACAUCACAGAAACCCACCAUAUUUGGAAGUAAGUGCAGUCAUCCUGGCAGGGACUGAAUAGGCACUGAGCCUGAAGUAACUUCUUAUCCCUAGUGUAGCCUAUAAGUAUAGAUAUUUGCUAGAUGAGGCAUAGGUAUAAGUUAAGGCAAUAAUGCAAUGAGCCUACAAGCUGGUAUAAACUAGCAUCUGGUGGUUACUUGUCAACACUAUAACGUAGUGGUUAAAGGACAUUGGUGAUGCGGUAUGGGGGAGCUUUCCCUGCUGGUACUCAGCUGCUACUUGUUCUGUGGCUAAAUGGAGAACUUAAGUCUUCAAAGUUUUCAUACUGGCUGUAGAUUGUAGUCCAUAGGAUACAUUAUUCUAUAUCUUCUUAUACUGCAUCUAUAGGGUUAGUAUAAUUAUCUUGAGAGAUAAUUUAAAACAUCUCUGUAUUCUUUAAGAUGCUUUCCCCAUAUUCCAGCUGUCUUGUGUCAUUGUAUUGACACCAUUAUGAUACAAAUUCACUGCUGACAGGACAGGUUUUCAUCUUUAUAAAUGUCCAUGUUUUCGGCUGAGAGCUUUGCUCUGAUCAAAGCAAAGUAUCUUCACACAUCAGUAAUCCCCAACAAAUGGGCUUCUUGCCAUCUGCCCCUGAAUAUGUUGCACCUUGCGGUGUGUCUUUGAAAAUCAACUCCUGCCCCAAUACUGUAGUGAAUAUUUAAAACUGAAAUGCAGUAGUUGGUGUCUAGGAUGAUUCCUGAUCAAAAUUUUGGUGGGACACUGUAACUUGCCUUAGCUGCAUGUAUACUCAUCAAAGACCUGAUCCUGUAAGUGAUCCUCUGUUUGCAGAAUUCCCAUUGAAACCAAAGGGAGUUCUGUGUCCAAGAUCUUAAUGACACCUUUGAAUGUGCCUCCCAGGCCUCUGCUAUCAUUACUAGACUUUAGUAGAACCUCAGAGUUAUGAACUAACCGAUCAACUACACACCUCAUUUGGAACCAGAAGUAUGUAAUCAGUUAGCAGAGAGAAAAAAAUAAAAAAAGAAGCAAAUACUGUACACUACAGUACUAUGUUAAACAUAAACUACUAAAAGCACGGGGAAAGUUUUUUAAAAAGGUUUGACAAGGUAAGGAAACUGUUUCAGUGCUUGUUUCAUUUAAAUUAAGAUUUAAAAAAGCAUUUUUCUUCUGCAUAGUAAAGUUUCAAAGCUGUAUUAAGUCGAUGUUCAUUUGUAAACCUUUGAAAGAACAACCAUAACAUUUUGUUCAGAGUUACGAACAUUUCAGAGUUAUGAACAACCUCCGUUCCCAACGUGUUCAUAACUCUGAGGUUCUACUGCAUUCCCAGAAGUUCUACUACUUUUGCUGUGGGGUCCCCUACUGGAAUGUUGACACAUGCCCGGUGCCAGGGCAUUGGAGCAAUUCCCCUGUGUGGAUACUUGAUCUGAAAGAGCUAUUUGGCUAAAUUAGAAAUGGGAAUGGAGUUAUAAUAUUGGGAUGAAGGUGCAUUUGUUUCACCCCAGUGGCAGAGCCAUCUUUGUUCAUCAUAAACCUUUCACCUCUUCAAACAUAAUACUAAUUUUAGAAAUUAAAUAUCAGUUUGCCAUUAAAACCUUUCUGUGGCUACUUAGCUGCUGAGGUGUAAGAAAGAUCUGUUGUAUUAGAUUCUGAGGGCAGCAAACUGGAUUUGACAGAAUGGAUAUUCAACCAAGUUCAGAGAAAUGAAUGAUGUAAAAGAAAGCUGCCUUAAAAUGGGUUUUCUUAAACAGGGAGGGGGAGGGGAAGACAGGACCGGACUUGGCUGAAUGCCUGGAAAGCACAGGACUGUGAACCAAGGAACCUGGAAUACAGGAAAAUAAUUCUUCUCUAUUUCAGCAAUAUCAUAUUCAAAACUGCCUCUGAAUAUGAGCCACAUGUAAACUCCAGCUGCAGGAGUGGUGUUUAAAAAUAUGACCCCAUACCUUAGGGCUCAAGGCAAUUUAUUGCUUAAGCUUAGAAAUAAUUAAUAAUAUUAGCUUUACUUUGCAAGGUCUGGGAGAAUAUAGAAACUAAACCAACACAGUAUUACUGCUGGAAUCAGUUGCCAGGGUUAAUGGAGUUAAUAAAACAAAAUGGAUACAGCCAAUCCCAGAAUUGUAUUUUCAAGAGUGAUUGUGCUUUGAGCAAUGUCCUGCAUAUUUAACUAUUGGGUGACCUUAUCAACAUAACAUGGUUUUAAGACAGGUUUCAGAGUAGCAGCCGUGUUAGUGUGUAUCCGUAAAAAGAAAAGGAGUACUUGUGGCACCUUAGAGACUACCAAAUUUAUUAGAGCAUAAGCUUUCGUGAGCUACAGCUUACUUCAUCAGAUGCGUACAGUGGAAAAUAUAGUGGGGAGAUUUUAUAUACACAGAGAACAUGAAACAACCACUGUGUCAUGUUCUCUGUGUAUAUAAAAUCUCCCCACUAUAUUUUCCACUGUAUGCAUCCGAUGAAGUGAGCUGUAGCUCACGAAAGCUUAUGCUCUAAUAAAUUUGGUAGUCUCUAAGGUGCCACAAGUACUCCUUUUCUUUUUAUGGUUUUAAGAUGCAUUGUUAUAUUGUGAUUUCCACUAAAAUUGAGAGCUAGUAGCACUUUAAAAACAAUCAGCUUAAUUGAUUUACUUUUUGAUGGCUUAGUCCUCUAUCUUGUCAAUCAAUUCCUGAAGACAAUGGUCCAGAUUAUGGACCUUAUACUCUUCACUUAUGCCAGUUUUACACUGGUGCAGCUCCAUUGAUUUCAGUGGAGUUACUCCUGUCUUUCCUAACAAGUGUAAAUGAGUCCAGAAUCUGGUCUCUGUCACAUUGGUGUACAUUUGGAGUAGUUCCACUGACAUGAUGAUGAUGUAUGUAAGAUCAGCAUUUAGCCAAGAAGCAGUAAAAAUGAUGAUUCAAGUGAAAUCCAGAUCUAUCUAUAUUCUCACUUCGUUAAAAUUAAAUUGUUCAUGUAGGGGUUUUUUAAUGAUUCUCCAUCAGACUGGGUAUCAUUUAAAUGACAAAAAAUAAUUUGAUUAUGGUGUUACAGCCCUGAUUCAGUCUCCCCUUUGGAUGAUCGCCACUCUGUUAUAUUGGCCAAACUUUGGAUCCCCUGUGCUUUCCAAGCAUCUGGAUCUGAGCAACUUCCAGGCACUGUGUCUUAGGUGUCUCAGGAACACUUCAAGGGUGCAGACUCCCUGUCUGGCACCCCUUCUUGGAAUGUGGGACCCUGUGGUCCAACUGCCUUUUGCCCUGUGCCUCUCAAACAGCAUAAGAGAGUUACAGAUCUAUACAAAACAACAAACACCUGAACACAUUUCCCUCUCUCAGAGACCUCACCAUUUCUGAGUCUUUUGGAUUCUGUUCAGUGUCUUUCAGGGGAGUAAGGUCCCUCUUGCCCCAUUCCUCCUUGAUGAGUCUUUUGGUUCUGAGAGUGGUUUCACCCCUUGCCAGAGAGCAUGUUAUUUUUAAAACCAGGUUCUGAGACCUCUCUCUGCUUCUCUUCUUAUACUGGCAUUUUCCAUUCUCCGACCCCACUGGGUAGGUUUGCUGGCAGAGGGUUCUUAAAAGUCAAUGGGUUGGCCAGUAGGCUCCAUUGUUCCACUCGGGUAUGGCUGUUCAAGGUCUAUGGCCCUCUUUCGGUUUUUCAGAUAUAGUCUGUUUUCUGCCACAAAAUGGUGAUUCGAAUGCACACUGACUGUUACAAGUACAAAUAGUGUUCAUAAUAUCAAAUGGGAUUCAUAAUUGGACACAGGCACAUUCCCCAAACUGCCAGAGGUAAUACCCAAAAAAAGCAAUGCUACCCAAUAUUAGUUAUGUGGACCAUAUUGGACAGCUUCUGAAUAGCACUGACAAUGAUUACUAUCAUUUAGAGUUGUUUCUCCUAACAUUUGAUAUAAUAUAUUAAGGAUGAUACCAGAUGCAUGUAUCCCAUAGAGACCAGCAAAUAGCAUGAGAUACUGCAGGAUGUACCAAUAGUAUCGAAAAGUAUCAGUGACACCGUACAACCACCCUGGGCCAGAUUUUCAAAACUACUGAGCUCCCCUUUAGCAGAUCAGUGAAAUGGCCAACUAUUAUAAAGUGCUCUGCAUGGGGACGACUGCUGAUUGCUGAGCACUUUUUAAUAUCUGGGCACUUCGUUUUACUGGUUACAAAGCUUGAGACAAAGUCUUGGACUCAGGUCUGUCUCAGUCAAUGCAGUUUAAUAAUUUCUUCCCAGUGUACGUGGGGAAACUAAGAGCAUUGCAGCUGCACAAGUUCAUCCAGGCCACCUAACUCCAUCCCACAGCGCAGUACCUUAUGUUUAGAAAUUACUCUAAUCCGCUGCUACAAACUGUGGGAGCUAUGGGAACUAUGGGAUAGGUGCUUCUGAAGUCCCAAAAUGCACUGGGACAACCAUGGCUGUAAGACACUUUGUGUGGAUGUGCCAAACCUCUUCUGGGAAAAACAGUGUUGGUGUGUGGAUGGGCUGAACUGCGGCAAUGACAAGUAGCCACACCCACCUUUCUCAAUCCGCCUGUGUCCUUAGAGCAGUUUCCAUAUCCUAGUGCCUACCCUGAAGGAUGUAGAGUGCUGAGCACCCAGGUUAGGUCCAUCAGGCCUGAUCCAAAGUCCAUUGAAAUCAACAGAAAGACCUUUAUUGACUUCAAGGGUUCAUGAGUCAGGCUGUUAGUGUAGAUCCACCAUUA